UGUGUGAUAGGAGGGGACAAUCCUUAACCGAGCUCAUUUCUGCUCUGACGUUCCGCCGGAGUGAGUGUCUGCAGGUUCCGAUGAACUCAGUUGUAACUCGGGGUGUAUUUCAUAACCCGGGCUAACCAUCUCUCCACAUGCGCUGACACGUCUCCAGAUAUUACACACAUCCCUUCGGGCGGCGGGGGGAACAUUCACUUGGCUGGUUUGACACAUUGCGAGUUCGAACACGAGACGCGCGGAGAGGGAAGAUGUUGCUGAAGGAGUACAGGAUAUGCAUGCCCCUCACGGUGGAGGAGUACCGGAUUGGGCAGCUGUACAUGAUCAGUAAACACAGCCACGAGCAGAGUGAUCGAGGGGAAGGGGUGGAGGUCGUCCAGAAUGAACCGUAUGAAGACCCGGCACAUGGCCAAGGGCAGUUCACAGAGAAACGAGUCUACCUCAACAGUAAAUUACCCAGCUGGGCUCGAGCAGUGGUUCCAAAAAUCUUCUAUGUGACAGAGAAAGCAUGGAACUACUACCCUUACACCAUAACAGAAUACACAUGCUCAUUCCUGCCCAAGUUCUCCAUCCACAUAGAGACAAAAUACGAGGACAACAAAGGAUGCAAUGACAAUAUCUUUGACACCGAACUGAAGGAGCAGGAGCGGGAGGUGUGUUUCAUCGACAUCGCCUACGAUGAGAUCCCCGAGCGCUACUAUAAAGAGUCUGAGGACUUGCGAUAUUUCAAGUCAGAGAAGACGUCGCGGGGGAUUCUUCAGGAGGGCUGGAGGGACACCCAGGAUCCCAUCAUGUGCUCUUACAAACUGGUCACCGUGAAGUUUGAGGUGUGGGGUCUGCAGACACGUGUGGAGCAGUUCGUACACAAGGUGGUUCGGGAUGUGCUGCUGCUGGGACAUAGACAGGCAUUUGCCUGGGUGGAUGAGUGGAUUGAUAUGACUUUGGAUGAUGUGCGGCAUUACGAGACACAAAUGCAUGUGCAAACCAACAUUAAAGUUUGCCAAGAGCAGCAAGAGCAUUCCACAACAAACUCAUCUUCACUGGAUGACAUAGAGAUCCAUGACAAAGCAAGCACAUGACAAUGGAUGAGGUGAGAGAGUUUGAGCGCACCAUCCAAGAGGCCACCAACCAGAAGAUCGGGAUGUUUCCCCCAUCUAUCUCUAUCAGCGAUACGCCCCUGUCCUCCUGUGCCCUCACUGGCCCUGCCAGCGCCCCCUCCACCCCCAUGUGCACAGAUGCACCUGAGUCCCUCUCUGUCCCCAAGGACCGACCACGCAAAAAGUCUGCUCCAGAAACCCUGACCCUUCCCGACCCUGUUCCCAGUGGCGUCCCCCAGGGCUCUACCCUGAGCCCACUACCUGUUUCAAACCACCUCCAAUCAUCCACACCACCCUCCUCCAACUCUGAUCUUGCUGAGAUGGAUGAGCAGUAAAGGGUCCUUGGGAUGUCUUCCCCCACCCCUUGCUUUACUUAUUCCCCCAACCCCAUUGUCUUAGUAGCCCAACAAGACUAGCCUAACCUCCAAACACCAGUGCCCAGAAGUUUCAAGUUCUCUAGCCAUAUCCAAUGAUUUGCCAUAAUCCUGGACACACAACAAUCACUCUAGAAGUCUUCAUCAGUGUCACUAAUACCAUCCAGGCAGCUGUAGGCUUGGCCACCCUGAUGUGAUGGACUUCCUCUUCCUGUGAGCCACAUGUCUCAUCUAUUAUAACAACCACCCAUGAUGUCUAAUCAAAACAAAGAGCAUCCGUUAAAUAAAGUUGUUGAGCGGA